AUGGACGUGGCGACUCUGAGGGCACAGGCUAUCGACUGGGCUUCCGACUGCCCUCUCACAACCCUCGCUUUCGCUGUCCUCGGCGCUGGAUGGCUUGGAAGCUAUGUGCUGAGCUUUGCGAGGAUGGCGGUUGACUUGGCGAGACCGGGCAUCCCUCUCAAGCGGUUUGGCGCGAAGAAAGGCGCAUGGGCAGUUGUUACUGGCGCGACGGCUGGCAUCGGUCGCGACUUUGCUCUCCAACUCGCCGCUGCCGGCUUCAACAUCUUCUUGGCCAGUCGUACGGCCUCGAAGCUCGAUGAGAUUGCGCAGGAGAUCACCGCCAAGUACCCGUCCGUCAAGACGCAGGUCCACGCGAUCGACUUUUCCUCGGCUUCGGCAGACUACGCCGCGCUGAAGGCUGCCCUCGACCCUCUCGACGUCGGCGUCCUCAUCAACAAUGUCGGCAAGAGCUACGAGGAGCCUACGUUCUUCCAGGACUUGUCUGACCAAGACAUGAUCGACAUCGUCGAGAUCAACGUCAACGCGACGAUGAAGGUCACCAAGCUCGUCGUUCCCGGCAUGGUCUCGCGCAAGCGCGGCCUCAUCCUCACCGUCGGAUCCUUCGCGUCGCUCAUCCCGUCCCCGCUCCUCGCCGUCUACUCCGGCAGCAAGGCUUUCCUCUCAACCUGGUCGCAGGCGCUCGGCAGCGAGCUCCAGGGCACCGGAGUCGAGGUCGAGUUGCUCAACACGUAUUUUGUCGUCUCGAAGCUGAGCAAGAUCCGCAAGAGCUCGUGGAUGAUCCCGACGCCCAAGACCUACGUUCGCUCGGUCCUGUCGCACAUCGGCGUCCGUGGCGGCGCUGUCGGCCAACCGCACAUUUCGACGCCGUACCACGGCCAUGCACCCGUCCAAUGGGUUGUCGACCACCUCUUCUCGCGCCAGUUCUGGCUCGACUACAACCGCAAAUUGCACCUCGACAUUCGCAAGCGCGCCCUGCGCAAGAGGGAGCGCGAAGCCGCCAAGGCGGUCAAGGGCGAGUGA